CCUUUUCUUUCUUACUUUUUGAAUUAAGGUACGAAUUUGGCAGUUUACGGGCAUCGCCUAAAAUAUUGAGACGAAAACACACUUCAUCUUUUUCUCCUCUCUACAGAUAACUCGAUUUCGUUUCUCACUCUACGUGCAUACACGUUGCUUGCUUGGCUCUAAGGAAUUUCGACGACCUCGAGGGCAGUGUUCUGUGGGUAUAGCUUUUUUUUGCCGGAGCUUGAAGUGUUGUCGGAGUUAGGGUUAUGAAGGAAAACGCCAUUGGGUUUGAGUUGAGGGGAAAUCAAAGGUGAGGAUUUCGUCACCGGAUGGAGGGAGGUAGCGUCUCUACACUUACUUCUUCUGGUAUACUCCCAUGGAUUAUAAUGACAAUGACUAUGAAGGCCACAAUCUUCACUUAGCUGGUGAAGAGAGCUCUAAGACUUCUUCUGUUCUGCGACCGUUUGCUCUACCUAAAUUUGAUUUUGAUGACAGUCUCCAGGGGCAUAUGAGAUUCGAUAGUUUAGUUGAAAACGAAGUUUUUCUUGGUAUUUCAAGUCAGGAAGACAAUCAGUGGAUUGGGGAUUUUUCUCGGGAAGGCAGUGGAAUAGAGUUCAGCUCCAGUGCAACACAAUCUUGUGCUUUGCCAAGGCACAUCAAUGUCUGGUCUGAGGCAACAUCUUCUGAAUCUGUUGAAAUGUUAUUGAAGGCAGUUGGGCAGGAAGAAAUGGUGCGAGGUGAAAAGUUGAUGGAAGAGCCAGAGCCAGGUGACCAGCUUGGUAGCCCAACAAGACAAAUGGAUGAUGUGGGGCAUGAUAACAAAACUGAUGAUGUCAAACCCUUAAAAAAUUCUUCAAUAUCACCUGCUGAAGUUGAGGGGAAUACUUCUAGGUCAUAUGAGAGUGACAAAGUAGAAGAUGUUCAGAUGGAGGUUUCUGUACCUGCUGGGGUAACAAAUAUUUCUUCUUAUGGAGUGUCUGGUGAUGGCAACGAUGGAAUUCGCCCCCUGAACUCUGAAAAUCCGGUAGUUAACUUGAAGAUGGCCAGUGAUAAUCAAGAUGAAACUUUCGAUUUGGUGAAUGAAUCUAUGUCCACUCAUACGCAACAAGAAACUGUCUCUGUUCUUCACAUUGAGAGAGGAAUUGAUAAAACUGAUAGUUCAACUCAGAAUGUUGCUACUAGUGUGAAGGAGUCUGAUGAUCAGGACAACAUUACUGAUGUCUGUUUUGUAAGUUCAAAUGAUGUAGCAAAUGCUAUUUCUCUUUCACGUGAGCAACAGGAGAAAGGAUGCGACCAAAAUGAAGGGAAUUUGGGUGCUGGAACUGACUUUACUGGAUGCCAAGCUUCCCACAAGAUCCCUUCACCAAUGGAAUCCUCAAAAGAAGAGCACUCAGGUCAAAUUUGUGAUGCUAAUAUUGCUGAAGCGUGUAGUGUGGCUAAAAAAAAUGAAUCUGUGUCCACAGAAGACAGGUGCAAUGAGGUUGGAUUUCUUGUUGCAGGUGAUAGUCAACAUAGAACAGUGGUCUUGGCUUCAAGCAUAGAAAUUAAGAAGCUGCCUGAAGGCUAUGGCAUAGUUCAUGAGGAGUCGUCUAUGUCCCUUCAGGGAGAAACUGUUAAGCUGCUAGAAGUGCAAGGCAGUGAUGCUGUCAUGUCUACAGUCUCUGGAGAUACUGAUCCCAAUCACUUUCCUGUCAUCCAACCACCUGAUCACAAUGCGAUUUUCAUUGGUACUAAGAAUAUUCAACCUGGAACUGACAGCUCUGCAGAGGCUCCACUUGUUACUUCUGUGGUGAUUGGUAAUCCUUCUGAUAAGACACUGACCACCUUUGAGGGUGGUUUUUGUGGGGAAAAAUCAGUGAAUGAUGAUGUGAGUGUUGCUGGAGAUCCUGCUGUAGCACAAGAGAAUUUGGACGAUCAGGUGGAUCAUGCUGACCCUCCUCUGUUAGCUGGGAGCGUGAAGACAGGUACAGAAGAUACUAUCCCCAUGCAGUUGGAUCCCCGUGAAGACGACCUGGAUUUUCCAGUCUAUGAAACAGGCAUCAAGAAGUUGCCUCUUGAUUCAAGUGAUGUGGCCUGUGAUGGAAAUGAAAAAGAAGUGUCCACUUUUUCUGGUGAGGAAGGAAUUAAAGGUGAUACAAGUACUGGAUCACAACCCAACAGUUCCUCUGGGGCUUGUCCGGCAUUGAACACUGAGGCUGAAGAUGCGAAGUUGACAUCAUCGUUUGCUGAAGGUAUUGAGUUUGUUGACAGAGAAAAACAUAAUUCACCUUCAUAUGACACGACGUUGAGGGAUCUGAGUAAAGAAACUCAAUCUGAAGCUCUUAAACAACCAACUAUUCCCGUUUCAACAGAAUCCCUUGAGUCAAGUGAGCUUAACACUGCUUUGGAAACUGAGAAGGGUACACUGCCUGAAUCUGAAACAGGAAAAGCACAGCAAAGUGGUCAGUGUCUUCCAUUGGUCCAGCCUUCUGGUGUUCCCAUGCUUGCUGAAGGCCAUAAGGAGUCAAGUGAGCUUACAUCUGUUUUUGAAAUGGACAAGGGUGCACCAGUUGAUGUUGAAACAAGAGAAAUAAGGAAAAGUGAUCAAUCUCUUGUUUUGGUAGAGCCUUCUAAUACCAUAUCUGAUGAAUACCAAAAGGAUUUACCUGAAAAGAUUGGAUAUUCUUCCAGUGACUUGACAGUGCAAGAUGUUGGUGUUGUUGCUGCACCUACUGAAGUGGCAAUAGGACAAGCAGGAAGAAACGCUGGAGAAUAUCCUUCAAUAGUGUCAGUUAAUCAUAUCUUUCUACUGUUUGAGUUGCUGCAUUGGUCACCAUCAUACAAGCCAGAGAAGCAACUUUUCUUCUGCAGCUUCAAUGGUUUUCAUUUGCAAGCUCGUUUUAAUUUGCUUUAUUUCUCAAUUAGUCCUAACAACUUAAGCUCUGCAGUUGACGUGGUUGCCGGUACCAGCUGUACUAUGGAAAUGGAUAAGUCCGACCAGGUUGCUCCAUCUGACGUUAUAUGUAAUGAUCUUCCAGAAAGCGUGAUAAACAAUCAGUCAUCUCUUAAAAGAGAUGAUGUUGAAAAUAUUUGCAAAGUUGUAACGAAAGCAGAGAACUCUGUAGUAAAUGUUCCGUCUGAAGAAGAAGGAACCUUUACUUUUGACGUAAGGCCGUUGGGGGAUCAGUCGUCUGGAGGUUCUUGCAAUGGUUCCCAAUCAUUUCCCAAAAUUGAAGCUUGUAAACUGUCUCUGACUGCUGGAGUAUCACCCUCAACAUCUGGUAGCAACCUUGCAGAUCCAGUUGCUGUGAAGGAAGUUUCUCAUGUUAGUUCUUUAACACCUCCAUCUGAACCUCUCAGAGGUCCCUCUGGGCGUAAAACUAGACGUGCUAGUAGUAAACCUCGGAAGGCAAGUGCAAAUAAGGGAAAUCAGGUGAAAGAAACGACUUCUUUGAGGCAGCCCGAGAAGUUGGAGAAAUCAUCCCUUUUUUUGAGUCCAUUAGUUGCCAGUCAAUCGUUGUCCUUUGAAAGCGUUGUCAAGCCAAGGGGACUUGUUCCUAUUCCUACAUCCAGCUUGCCUGAUCUUAAUACUUCUGCUGCAUCGUCUGCAUUCUUUCAGCAGCCUUUCACAGAUUUACAACAAGUGCAACUGCGAGCACAAAUCUUUGUUUAUGGAUCUCUUAUACAAGAAGCUGCACCUGAUGAGGCUUGUAUGGUGUCGGCCUUUGGAUUUAAUAUUCAAGUUACUAAUGAUGGAUUGCCAUUGGAAGAUGCAGGUGUAAAAGCUCAAGAUCAAACUAACAGGCAAUGUUUUCUUCAACUUGAAGCUUUUACCCCAAUAUCUGGUCGAGCAAGUAAAAGGCCUAUUCUUUCUCCUGUUGUUAACCAGAUGGUCUCUCUCUCGACGCCCUUGUGGAAUAUAUCUACUCCAUCUGCAGAAGCUUUGGUACCAGGCAGCACCACCAGAAGUGUUGUUAUUGAUUAUCAGACUGUUGCUCCCUUGAGCCCUUAUCAAACUCCACCUGUACGGAACUAUGUGUCACAUACUACUCGGUUAUCGCCGGCUCCUUUCCCAGUACCCUGGCUUGCCCCUUCUCAAACCACUCCUUAUGAUGUCAGUACUACUUCUCCUGCAUUUCCAGGCGUGACAGAACCUGUAAAGUCAACUCAAAAGAAAGAAUCAAUCCCAGUUGUUGCUGCUAUUUCAAAUAAUACCUCUGCAAGUCCUACAAGUAAUGCCGUUGUCUCUGCUACUUACGCUGAGGAUUCUUUGGUUGACUUGAAAAUCUUGAAUUCAUCAACUGGACAAGCUGCUGGUACAAAGACUAGUAAGAGGAAAAAGUCUUCAGGUGCUGAGGAUGUUUUACGGAAAUCCAUGACCGCUUCUCGGAUAGACACCGUCUCUGCUCCUUUGGUAGCUAGUCAGUUGUCGAACAAUGACCCUGCAAUUGAGGCUCUUAGUCCGUUCCCUUCCACUGCACGAAAUCAGGGAGACCAGAUUCGUACACCUGUUAUCAGUAGUCAUUAUUCUACAUCAGUUGCUGUGGCAACCCCUUCUAACUUUGUGCAAAAAGGCUCUCCCAACCAGUUUUUCCCUGUCGUGGCACCAUCAGUUACUAGUGAUCAAUCCAAGGGAGGUGAUCUGAGUAUAGAUAAGAGGGCACAGAAUAUCGAGGAUUUCAGCAAAGUUGAGGAGGCAAUGUUACAAGCGGAGGAGGCUGCAAACCAAGCUGCUGCUGCAAUUAGCCAAUGUGAAGGCGUAUGGAAGCAGUUGGACGAGCAAAAACAAGGUGGUUUGACAUCAGAUGCUCAGUGUAAAUUAGCCUCUGCUGCUGUUGCUAUAGCAGCUGCUGCUUCUGUUGCUAAGGCAGCAGCUGCGGCUGCUAAGAUUGCAUCAACUGCUGCAUUCCAAGCAAAACAAAUGGCCGAAGAAGCAGUGAUCAAGUCUGGAUCUCUGAAUUCUACUGGGCAUGAUGCAAAGUUAGUUUCCAAUUCCAUUAAUUUGGUGAAUGCGUCUCCCAAGUCCAUUUUGAGGGUCGGUGAUCGGAAUAAUGAUCCCGGCUUAGUGAUAUCCACUGCAAGAGAGGCUGCCAAGAAAAGGAUUGAGGCUGCUUCUGCUGCCACAAGGUAUGCAGAAAAUCUUGAUGCCAUUGUCAAAGCAUCAGAAUUGGCUGCAGAAGCAGUUUCACACGCAGGGAAGAUUGUCUCCCUGGGUGAACCAUUCUCCCUGAGCGAGCUAGCAGAAGCCGGGCCGAAUAACUAUUGGAAGGUAUCUCAGGAGGGUGCUGUGCCUGGUUUGAAGUCUAAUGACAAGAAGAAAGGUAAAUCUACCUCUAGCAAUGCUGGAGAGGAGCCUGAAGAUUAUAUAAACCGACCUAAGGAACCUGAUAAGGAUAUGUAUGCCGCGAGUGAUGUUGAGCAACCCAUUCAGGAGUUAUCUGGAAAUGAGGUAGAUGAUCAUGUCUUUGUAGAAGAGAAUAUUAUGGUCUCUGGAAAACAUGGGGAGAGCUUUAAACCUCAAAAGGAUAAAAAAGUAUCCAACUCGGCUAAUACUGUUGGUAUUUCUAUCUCCGAUAUUGAAUCAAGAUCAACGACACAUGCCUUAUCAAGCAUUAAAGAGGGUUCCUAUGUUGAGGUUCUAAAAGAUUGUGGUGAUUCUAAGGCGGCCUGGUUCUCAGCACGUGUACUUAGUCUGAAGGACCGUGAAGCCCGUGUUUUGUACACCAAACUUCAAUCGACGGAAGGGUCUGAGCAGCUGCAGGAGUGGGUAUCAAUAGAAGCCACAGACGACCAGGUUCCAAAAGUACGUAUACCCCAUGAUAUGACUGCAUUACAGGUUGAAGGAACAAGGAAGAGACGUCGAGCUGCUGCCAAGGAUUACAGUUGGUCUGUUGGAGACAAAGUUGAUGCAUUGGUUCACAAUGGCUGGCGUGAAGGAGUUAUUGCUGAAAGGAGCACAAAAGAAGCAACUGUGGUGACUGUACAUUUUCCCGAUCAAGGGGAGUUGUUGCGGGUCAAGGUUUGGCAUCUUCGGCCAACAUUAAUUUGGAGUGAUGGCCAGUGGCUCGAAUGGCAAAGACCUGGGCAGGAUCCUGCUUCCCAGAGAGAUUCACCGGCAGAAAAGCGACCAAAGCUGGUAGGCAGCAGCAGUAUUGAGGCAAAAGGAAAGACCAAAGUGUCUGAAAGCAUUGGUUUUGCAGAAGUCCAGAGAAACGAAGUACCAAAACUCCCUUUGUCUGCAAAUGAGAAAUUUUUUAGUAUCGGCAGUACGAAAUCAGAGGAAAAUAAGCCCAACAUGGUCAGGACUAAGAGACCCGGCGUAGAAAAGCAACAAGGAUCAAGGGUUGUAUUUGGUGUCCCUAAACCUGGCAAGAAAAGAAAGUUCAUGGAAGUAAGCAAGCACUACAACACUUCUGACAGAGUCACCAAAACUACUGUACCUGAAGACUCAGUGAAAUUAUCCCAAUAUUUGGGACCUCUGGGUUCUGGGUCUAGGGGCCACAAGCAUAAUUCGAAGCAUGAUUUUAAGGACAAAAUUGCUGCUGAGUCUAGACCGAGAUCUAUCAGGUCUGGGAAGCCGCCAAGUGUCCCUAGUAGAACUUUCAUGCGGAAAGAUGACUCAACUUCUUCACGACCUAAUGUCCGAAAUGCUGGUAGAUCGGAUAAUGGAAAGGAUUCCCUCAGCAGUAAUGAUAAUGAAUCGGUGGAGCAGAACACGGGUGAACAUGGAUCGUCCUCUAAAGAUGGAGGGACAUCUGGAAGCUCUAUGGUGUUUUCUUCUAAAGCUCGUACACAAGAUAAUCGUAAGAAAACAGCAAGAAGGAAUCCUAUAUCUGAGCGGCUCAACCAAAGGAGGCCUGCAGCUGUUAGCGGGAGAUCAGAUAACAGCGAAAACGUAAAUUCAAUCCCUGAAGUUUCUGAACCCCGCCGAUCAAAUCGUCGAAUCCAGCCAACUUCAAGGGUAAUUUGA